UGCUCUUUGGUAUUGUUUGCUGAGGCAGUGACCAUGUCUGAGACACCGCCGGCUACCCAGGCUACUUCUACUGUUCCUGAGAAGUCCUCGGUUGUCAAGAAAGCAAAAAGGGCUCCUAAGGCUUCUGCUAAGAAGCCUGCGGGCCCUCCCGUGUCAGAGCUUAUCGUCCAGGCUGUUUCGUCCUCUACGGAGCGCAGCGGGGUGUCCCUUGCUGCGCUCAAGAAGGUGUUGGCAGCCACUGGCUACGACGUAGACAAGAAUAACAGCCGUAUCAAGCUGGGUCUCAAGAGCCUGGUGAGCAAGGGUACCCUGGUGCAGACCAGGGGCACUGGCGCAUCCGGCUCCUUCAAGAUAAAUAAGAAAACGGCUUCUUUAGAAGCCAAGCCUAGCACCACAAAGGUGGCAGCAAAAGCUAAGGCAUCUGGCGCUACUAAGAAGCCUAAGAAGGCUCCCGGGGCUGCGGUUAAGAAGAGUGUCAGUACUCCGAAAAAGGCCAAGAAGCCUGUGCUGUCAAAGAAGCCUUCCAAAAGCCCUAAGAAAACUAAAGCUGUGAAGCCUAAGAAAGUGGCCAAAAGCCCUGCUAAGGCUAAGGCUGUGAAGCCCAAAGCGGGCAAGGCGAAGGUAACCAAGCCCAAGACUGCCGCCAAGCCUAAGAAGGCAGCACCUAAGAAAAAGUGAGCAGUUCUGGUUGGAGGCUUCUUCCAGUAA